AUGGCAACGGCAGCUGCAAACUCGGCUUCAGAACCCGAGGCUGAGCCCAAGGCUGGGCCCAAGGCUGACGGAGAGGAGGAUGAGGUUAAGGCGGCUAGGACAAGGAGGAAGGUGUUAUCGCGGGCUGUGGCCGCUGCCACGUACAAGCCCAUGGGGCCAGGGUGGGAUCAGCAGGAGGAAGGCGUGAGCGAGAGCGAUGGGGAUGAGUAGGCCGUGGCUUCCUCCGCGGAGAGCUCCCCAGGGGAGUACGAGUGGGAAUAUGAGGAAGAGGAGGAGGAGAAUCAGCUGGAGAUUGAGAGGCUUGAGGAGCAGUUGUCUAUCAAUGCCUAUGGCUACAACUGCCACGUGGACCUGAUCAGGCUGCUCCGGCCGGAAGGGGAGCUUACCAAGGAGAGGAUGGCGCAGAAGAUGAGUGAGAUCUUUCCCUUGACUGAAGAGCUCUGGCUGGAGUGGCUGCACGACGAGAUCAGCAGCGGGAUCUGCAUGAUCAUGCAGAACUGGGCUAGGAUUGAGGCUCGGCUGUGCAGUAACAUGCAGAAAGCUCGGGAACUCUGGGAUAGCAUCAUGACCAGAGAAAACGCCAAGUACGCCAACAUGCAGCUAGAGUAUUACAACCUGGAGAGGGCACGUGACACCCAGCACUGCCGGAAGGCGCUGCACUGGGCCGUCCAGUGCACCAGUGACUACCCAGAGCAUGUCUGCGAAGUGUGGCUCACCAUGGAGAGGACAGAAGGUUCUUUAGAAGAUUGGGAUAUAGCUGUUCAGAAAACUGAAACCCGGUUAGCUCAUGUCAACGAGCAGAGAUUGAAGGCUGCAGAGAAGGAAGCAGCCCUUGUGCAGCAAGAAGAAGAAAAGGCUGAACAACGGAAAAGAACCCUGGCUGAGAAGAAAGCACUGAAAAAGAAGAAAAAGACCAGAGGCCCAGAUAAGCGCGGAGCAGAUGAGGAUGAUGAGAAGGAGUGGGGCGAUGAUGAAGAAGAGCAGCCUUCCAAACGCAGAGGUGUGGAGAACAGCAUCCCUGCAGCUGGAGAAGCACAAAACGUGGAAUCAGAAGCAGGGCCCACUGGGAAAUGUGCUGUUGUAGAUGUGGAGCAUUCUUCGAAGCAGAAGGAGAAGGCAGCCUCCCUGAAGAGGGACAUGCCCAAGGUGCUGCAGGACAGCAGCAAGGACAGCAUCACCGUCUUUGUCAGCAACCUGCCCUAUAGCAUGCAGGAGCGGGAUGCGAAGCUCAAGCCGCUCUUCGAGGCCUGUGGGGAGGUGGUCCAGAUCCGACCCAUCUUCAGCCACCGUGGGGAUUUCCAAGGCUACUAUGUGGAGUUUAAAGAAGAGAAAUCAGCCCUUCGGGCACUGGAGAUGGACCGUAAAAGUGUAGAGGGGAGGCCAAUGUUUGUUUCCCCCUGUGUGGAUAAGAGCAAAAAUCCCGAUUUUAAGGUGCUCAGGUACAGCACUUCCCUGGAGAAACACAAGCUGUUCAUCUCGGGCCUGCCUUUCUCCUGCACUAAAGAGGAACUAGAGGAAAUCUGUAAGGUUCAUGGCACCGUGAAGGACCUCAGGCUGGUCACCAAUAGGGCUGGCAAACCAAAGGGCCUGGCCUACGUAGAGUAUGAAAAUGAAUCCCAGGCGUCGCAGGCUGUGAUGAAGAUGGACAGCAUGACUAUCAAAGAGAGUAUCAUCAAAGUGGCAAUCAGCAACCCUCCUCAGAGGAAGGUUCCAGAGAAGCCAGAGGCCAGGAAGGCAUCAGGUGGCCCCAUGCCUUCACCGCAGACAUACGGAGCAAGGGGGAAGGGAAGGACGCAGCUGGCUCUACUGCCUCGUGCCCUGCAGUGCCCAAGUGCUGCAGCUCCUCAGGCCGAGAAUGGCCCUGCCCCAGCUCCUGCAGUUGCCACCCCACCAGCCACCGAGGCACCCAAGAUGUCCAAUGCCGAUUUUGCCAAGCUGUUUCUGAGAAAGUGAACAGGACUCUGGGAGACAGGAAAUGCCUUACUUCACUCUGGCCCGGAGGACCACCCACACUACCCACCAGUGCAUGGGGAUGGACAGGCCUGGUGUGCUGCCCACUCGCAACCACAGAUGGCUCCUCUGCUUCACAGAAAGGGGAAAAGGCCCUAAGUUAGGAGCCUUUCAGUGCUCCCUCAUAUUGAGGGCAGUGGCAGAAAAGUGACCACUCUGCAGGCUGGGCCCAGGAUGUGGUGUCCUAAGCAGCUUUUGUAUCUUCAGGAUUGAGGCACAGAAGCAAAACUAGAACACAGAGUUUUUGAGACGCACUUGUCCAAAUGUUUCUGGCCAGCUCUGGCCCCUUUUUAUAUGACACUUGUCUUCCACCCUGGACAGCACAUGUGCCCAUCAUUCUUUUAAAAGAUGAAAUGGCAGAUGCUAGUAAUUCACCAGAAUGGCCUAAUGUGGGGGUGGGUCUGAGGGAAGUCAUCUAAAAACAGUUGCUGGAUUUUUGUUCAAGGGGGCUGUGCAUUUUUAUAUUCUGUAUUUGUAAAUGACACGUCAACCAUUGUUUUAUGUUUCCUUAAAGCAGAAUAGUUGCAACAUUUGUAUAGGAAUUAUUUGUGCCACCUGCUGUGGACUGUUUUCUUUGCCUAGUGAUUAGUGACCUGUGUUGUCUAAACAUGAGUUUCAGCCUUUUGGCUUUGUUUAAUUCCAUGUUAAAUGCAAACUUCCCUUCUCCCCAUUUAGCUUUAUUAAACUGAAGUUCUCUU